UUAACUUCAUUUAAGAACUUCAUUCAAAUUUAAAUUCCGUAAAAUUAUUACAGGAUAUAGACAAGUAAUUUUAAGUUACGUGAGAAGCUGACAUCAAACAGGCCCAAUGUCGUCGUCUUCUUCUUUGGCUCAAACCCUAGGUGACCUAAACACCCAAAACUUCGUGACCCUUUUGAGCAAACUGAUCGGUGAAUCAAAAUAUGUACAAAACAACCCACCUGAGCUGGUCCCUGAGGAGGACAGAAUCGUCAACCAUGUUCUUGAAUCUCUGCUUCCUUUAAGCACUACCACUGGCGGUGGCCCUUUGAUCGUCAAUCAUGUUACUUAUGUUUCCAAAAGAGGAAACCUUAUUGUUGAGUAUCCGGGGACUGAGCCUGAUAAGAUUCUUUCUUUUGUUGGAAUGCAUAUGGAUGUUGUUCCUGCCAAUCCUGAUGAAUGGAACUUCGAUCCUUUCUCAUUAAGCACCAAAGGAGAUGAACUUCGUGGCCGUGGGACAACUGAUUGUCUAGGACAUGUUGCCCUUGUGGCUGAACUCAUGAGGAGACUUGGGGAAACGAAGCCGAAACUGAAGUCAACUGUAGUUGCUGUCUUCAUUGCCAGUGAAGAGAACUCAUCUAUUCCAGGAGUUGGUGUAGAUGCACUGGUGAAACACGGCUUGCUUAAUAAAUUGAAGCAAGGUCCUUUGUAUUGGAUCGACACAGCGGAUAAACAACCUUGCAUUGGUACUGGGGGUGCUAUACCAUGGAAGCUUCACGUUACUGGAAAGCUCUUUCACAGUGGUCUUCCACACAAAGCUAUAAAUCCUUUGGAGCUCGCUAUGGAAGCUCUUAAAGUGAUCCAGUUGAGGUUUUACAAAGACUUUCCUGCUCAUCCUAAAGAAGAAGUUUAUGGCUUUGCAACACCAUCAACCAUGAAACCAACUCAAUGGAGUUAUCCAGGAGGUGGAAAUAAUCAAAUUCCUGGUGAAUGCACAAUUUCAGGAGAUGUCAGGCUGACUCCAUUUUACGACAUAUCAGAUGUCAUGAAGAAAUUACAACAAUAUGUUGAGGAGUUAAAUACCAAUAUCGAGAAGAUAGAUGUACGGGGACCUGUUUCAAAAUAUGUUCUUCCAGAUGAGAACUUAAGGGGAAGGAUCGAGAUAAGUUUUGAAGAAGCUUAUCCCGGAGUCGCUUGCAAUCUUGAUUCUCGUGGCUUCCAUGUUUUGUGCAAAGCUACUGAACAAGUAGUUGGCCAUGUAAAACCAUAUUCUAUUACUGGAAGUUUACCCCUCAUAAGAGAUUUGCAGGAUGAAGGUUUUGAUGUUCAAACUUCAGGAUAUGGCUUGAUGGCUACAUACCAUGCAAAGAAUGAGUACUGCCUUCUUUCUGACAUGUGCCAAGGGUAUAAGGUGUUCGCCAAUGUCAUUGAUCAAUUAGAAGAUUGAUACUGCACAACCCAUACCAGUCUCUACGUGCUACACUAAAACACGGGGAAUUAGGGACUUAGAUCGAGAACUAAAAUAAGCUUCUCUUGUGAUCUGUUUCUCCACGAUCUGUACCAAUCAUUUCCAUUCUGGCAGCAUAUGAAGUACUACUCUGGUUAUUUGUACCACGCUAUGAUGCUAAUGCCUAAAUCCACGUAUAUGUAGCUCGAUAGGCGGACAUGUUAUAAUGUGUUAUAAAUUUGCUAUCAUGCUAAAUAAAGCUGCUUUGCCUCGGCAAAACAUCCUCCUCAAUCAAAUAAUUCAAUUACUUCCAGUUUGGUUUAUUAA